AGUGUGUGGUGCACUUUAACCCCUACUAGCCGGUGCUGGUGGGGCCGGGGGAGGGGAGAAUGAGGUACAUAAGAGUUCCAAUAAAGAAACAUCGCUGGGCAAAGAGAAUUCUCAAGUCACAUGACCUCUCUCAAGGCUGGAGGUAGUUUCAGACUACACCCAUUUCCUGUGUUGAGGAGCACAACAUGUGAUGACUAAGAGGCCCAGAUUAUCAAGUAGCGUGUCCAAGGAGGACAGUAGAGAGUCGUCACCUUCCUCAACCACCCAGGACUACAUCUCAUUCAGCAGGGGUCAAGUACCUGUGCGGAAGGCGCCCCCUGAACCACCCACUACCCCUAAACGAUCCUCCAAUCGUCCCCCUGUACCCCCGGAUCCUGCUGCUAAGAAGAUGUCGCGAGGGUCAAAGGACAGAGGUCAUGAGGCGGCAGAUAAAGGGGAGGACCAUAAUACCAUUGACUAUCGAACAGCCACCCCCCAAGAAGUGUUAGAGAAGCAGAUGACGUCAGUAGCUCAGCGUAUGAAUGCUAAUGGAGAGGCUCGUAAACGUGGUGGUGGUAUCACCCGAACCUUCUCCCCCCUCACUCCUAUCAUACAGCACCUCUACAGCAAGUCAGAUGAGAGACGCUAGGAGAUCGACUCCGAAAGUCAAGUUCUCUAAAACUAUUACCGAGUUUCCAGACUACAGUCGCUAUGACAACCAGACAGAGAUCAAAUCAGUAUCAAGCCCAGGUCAAAGUCCGUCCCAUAGUCACCAUAGCAAUUUGGAUGGGGACUCUCUGAGGGUCAAAGGUGAAAGCUCGGAAUCAUUUAUUAGCAUAGCACAAACUGUUCAUUAUUUUUAUUGCAUGUUACUAAUGAUAGUGUCAUUUGCCAUGCACAGUGUGUAAUGUGAACAUGAGACUCUUCAAUUA